AUGGUGACAGUCGAUGCCCCGCCCAAGUCCUUCGCUCCUUUCAUCAACCCCGAGGAGCUUGUUGGUUAUGAUGCCAUACUUUUCGGGAUUACCACUCGCUUUGGUCAGUUUCCCGCUCAGUGGACGGCCUUUUGGGAUAUGACUGGCGAAGUCUGGUCUUCGGGUGGAUUCUGGAAAAAGCACGCGGGUUUGUUUGUUUCAACGGGGACUCAGAUUGAGAGUGGAGAGGCCAGCUGCAUCGCUGCCAUGAGCACUCUUACUCACCACGGCCUGGUUUUCGUUCCUGUGGACCGCAAGGCGGUUAUACCUCAUCUUGAUAGUCCUGAUAAUCCUCACGGUGGUAGUAGGUGGGGCGCCGGUACUUAUGCGGGCGCCGAUGGGUCACGUCAACCUUCUGAGCUCGAGCUCCAGGUUGCUGAGAUCCAAGGCAGGUCGUUCUAUGAGUAUGUGGCUAAUGCCAGAUCCAAGGCGUAG